AUGAAGUUUGUUUUCAGUAGUUUCAUUGUAUUUAGCGUGACUUUUGGCGUGGAUUCUUCGUCCUUUUCCAGUGUUGGGGUUACAAAAAAGUCACUAAACGUCAAUGCGACGGUCAGCGUCAAGGUUCCCGUGGAAAAAAUUUGGAACAGUCUAUCCAAAGUUCACCGUUAUCCCAUUAUUAACAGUGGAGAUACUAUUGCUUUGAGGUCGGCCUUCACUUCUGGCCCUCGGUCACAAGAAUGGUUCGGUUGUGGGAGACGCUUCUGCUUCAUUUAUACCUGCCAUGGACUCACUAUUGCUAACUCUAAAUGGUGGUCGUCUUGUAACUAUGGCCGGCUGGGGGUGUUUACCAUUUUUGCAAAGGGAAAGAUGAACGGACAGCCAAUUGACAGCGGAGAUACUGUGUCACUCAGUUCGAACCGCUAUGAGAUCAGUUACCGCAUGUAUUGCACUGCUUCUACCAACACUUAUUGUUGUGUGCGAUCCCUUACCUGGUCUAUGACCGGAAGUGAGUGGCUCAAGUAUUCCCAGGCCACCUUCCAGAUCUUCUCCAAGAAUGCAGAGGAUGGUAGCCCUGUGCAAUAUGGUGAUGUGGUGGGCUUCAAAUAUCCCUACAGCACCAACAGUGCAUGGUUAACUAACUACAAAGGCAGGUUUUACCCGCGUAACUGUAGCUGUUGUAGUAAAUCAUCGUGUGCAGCCGAAAACACCAACACCGGCUUCAAGAUCUUCAAGAAAUUACCUUAGAAAGUGCAUCCUGAUGUG